AUGACCAUUGAUCUCACGCUCCAUGAACGUGGUCUCGUGGCCGAGACUCCUCCUCUGGCACACCUGUCCGACGAUGCCAUUAUUAGCAAGUUGCAGAAACCCGCUCCCGUGACGUCAGAGCGAAAUUUGUGGGCGUUUUGGGAUGGUGGUUUCGAUGCCAUGCCUGGAUGGAAGCAGCGGAACGUGCUGAAUUGGGUGCGACGCUGCGGACACGAUUGGGAUGUGCGCCUGCUCGAUAUUGUGGCCGGAUCGAGUACCAACAUUCAGCAUUUCGUACCGCUCGAGUCCUUGCCAGCUGCUGUCUGGGAUGGCCAGAUGGAGGGCGAGCACGCAGGUCAGCAUACGUCGGAACUGGUGCGAUUGGCGCUCCUCUACCACCACGGCGGCGUGUUUUUGGACGUAUCGAUUUUGAUGUUGCGUGACCCCGACGCCCUCUGCUGGGCGUCGCUGGCCGAUGAGCGCUCUCCGCACCGCGUUAGUGCCUGGUACCAUAUCAACAUGGGUCAAGUGGUGCAUAGCUCGCUAGCGGCACGGCGGCACGAUCCGUUUAUUUAUCGCUGGAUGCAGGUGUUCCUGAAAAUGUGGAGUGGACGCCGCCAUGCAGAUGGACUCCACAACCAUCCUCUCGUGCGCCAUCUGGAACUCUUCCAAAUCAAGGUGUUUAACAUCCCGGCCGACAAGAAUUGGGCCGGCUAUAACGACUAUACAGCUAUCCUGCUAGCAUUCCAGCGAGUGGCGCGCAACUGCGAGCCAGAUGGUGCAUUCGAUGGUCCAGCGUAUGUAAAGGAGCACUUCCAUCUGCUAUCGGUAUCGGAUGAAAUGGAGACCGGUUUCUUUGUGCCUGCGGAACGGCUGCCUACCCUCCUCACGCUGUCGGUCCAAGCCCACGACGAGGGGGACGAUGGCGCCGAUGCGAAGCGAUAUGUCUACAAAACGCUGGCUCACAGUUCGGUCGCCAACUACCACCAGGGAAUCAGGUACCUUGGUUAUGCCAAUCCCGUGGCAACACAGUGGAACAGUGCUGGGAAUGAUUGUCGACCCGGAUCGUGGGGGGAACGACUGCGGUACGGAAGCGUGCAUUAUCGACAAACACGAAAGGUUGAGCCUGCUCAUAUGAAAGAGAUGGAACCAACAUCCAUGGGGAUGCUGGAGGCCGUUGGUUAA